UUGCUUGUAAUUAAAAAUUAGGGAGCUGGCUACUCGUCUGUCACCCCUCUUCCCUCCUUGAUGAGCUGUCACCGCUCACUCCAGUCCGGCUCCCCUCCCUUUCCGAUUCCCAUUCCAUUCCAUCAAUAACUCCCUCAUCUGCCAUCGUGAAACUUCUCGCCUGCCAUGGCCACCGCCUCUUUUCCUGUUCCCGCUCCAGAGGCCGUGCUUGUGCUCGUCUCGUCGCUCGCCGACGAAUCAUCGAUUGUUCGCGAUGCCUCAGUCGCCGCUCUCAAGGAAAUCGCACCAUUGAAUCCUCUUACCGUCCUCGACUGCUGCUGCGCUGUAUUCAGAGGUGCACGCCGGCGGUUUGCAAACAUGGCCGGUGUGUUUACAGUGAUGGCUUGUGCGGCGCGUGCCAUGGAUAAGAGAGACGCGGAUCCCGCUCUAAUGACAAAGCUCGCAAAGAUUGCAACGACUGAGAUAAUUACAUCAAAGGAGCUGAAUGCUGAGUGGCAAAGAGCUGCAGCUAGUUUACUUGUUUCGAUAGGAUCCCAUGUGCCUGAUUUGAUGAUAGAGGAAAUAUUUUUUCAUCUCUCUGGACCUAACUCAGCUCUACCAGCCAUGGUCCAAAUCCUUGCAGAUUUUGCUUCUGCUGAAGCUUUGAAGUUCACCCCCCGUCUGAAAGAUGUUCUUUUACGAGUGUUACCUAUACUUGGAGGUGUAAAGGAUAGUCAAAGACCAAUUUUCGCAAAUGCAUUCAAAUGCUGGUGUGAGGCUGCUAGGCAAUAUAUUGGCGACUUCCCUUCACAUCCACUUCUUGAUAGUGAUGUAAUAUCAUUUCUGAAUUCUGUUUUUGAAUUAUUGCUAAGGGUUUGGGCAAGCUCUCGGGACCUGAAGGUGCGCCUAUCCUCUGUGGAGGCCUUAGGGCAAAUGGUUGGUCUUAUCUCAAGGUCACAACUAAAGGCAGCAUUACCAAAGCUUGUUCAAACAAUAUUGGACUUAUAUCGUAAAGAUCUAGAGAUGGCAUUUCUUGCCUCAGUCAGUCUACAUAAUCUUCUUAAUGCCUGCUUAUUAUCAGAAAAUGGUCCUCCUUUGCUUGAUUUUGAGGAUCUCAACAGCAUUUUGUCCACACUUCUUCCUGUGGCAUACAUAGGUAAUUACAAUGAUGAUCCUCCAGGUAUUUCGAAAGCACUAAAGGCAUAUAAUGAGAUUCAGCAUUGUUUUCUUGUUAUUGGUUCAGUUUAUCCAGAGGAUCUGUAUGCAUACCUUCUGAGUAAAUGUCAGGCAAAGGAUGAGUAUUUUAUAGUUGGAGCACUCUGCGCCAUAAAACAUCUCUUGCCCAGGUUGUUGGAAGCUUGGCAUGCCAAAAGGAAUUUGCUUAUUGAAGUUGUAAAGUCACUUUUAGUUGAGCAGAGUUUAGGUGUGCGAAAGGCACUUGCUGAGUUACUUCUUGUUAUGGCUUCACAUUGUUACUUUGACGGGACUUCUACGGAGCUGUUUAUCGAAUAUCUUGUUCGCCAUUGUGCUAUAUCGGAUGAUGAGAAAUAUUUGAAGUCCUCUAAUGAGCUUGUUUGGAAAGGAAAUCCCUUUCAGCCUUUCUAUAGGAAAAUUGAGGUGAAUAUAUCUGCUGUAAGUCCUGCCAAGCUGAGAGUUAUCUGUGAAAAAGGCCUUCUUUUACUUGCUGUUACCAUUCCAGAAAUGGAGCAUAUCCUUUGGCCUUUCCUCUUAAAGAUGAUUAUACCCAGGGAGUAUACAAGAGCAGUUGCAAUAGUUUGCAAAUGCAUAUCUGAAUUGCACAAACAUCGGUCAUCUCUUGGCAACUUGAUGUCCAAUGGAUUGACUUCAUCAGAUCAAAUUCCCGACCCUAUGGAUCUCCUUGCACGUUUGACUGUCCUACUUUGUGACCCCCUCGCUCAGGAGCAGUUGACAACACAGAUUCUAACGGUCUUGUGUUGCUUGGGACCCCUAUUCCCCAAGAAUCUCAGUUUAUUUUGGCAAGAUGAGGUUCCCAAAUUGAAGGCAUAUAUCAGUGACCCAGAAGAUCUAAAGCAGGAUCUUUCAUACCAGGAGACGUGGGAUGAUAUGAUUAUCAAUUUCAUAUCGGAAUCUUUAGAUGUUGUACAAGACACUGAAUGGGUCAUUUUAUUGGGCAAUGCUUUUGCAAGACAAUAUGUGUUUUAUGUUGGUGAUGAUGAACAUGCUGCAAUGCUUCAUAGGUGCCUUGGCAUACUUCUUCAGAAAGUGGAUGACGGAUUAUAUGUACAUGAAAAGAUAGAAUGGAUGUAUAGACAUGCGAAUAUAUCAGUUCCUGUGAAUAGGCUGGGACUUGCUAAAGGCAUGGGAUUGGUUGCUGCUUCUCAUUUGGAUACUGUCUUGGAAAAGCUGAAAACAAUCCUGGAUAAUGUUGGGCAAUAUAGGUUCCAAAGGCUAUUUUCAUUCUUUUCCAAUAGGGCUAAGGUUGAAGAUGCUGACGAUAUACAUGCUGCACUAGCAUUGAUGUAUGGAUAUGCUGCAAGAUAUGCUCCGUCAACAGUCAUAGAAGCUAGGAUUGAUGCACUUGUGGGUACCAACAUGCUCUCACGUCUUCUUCAUGUGCAACAUCCUACAUCAAAGCAGGCAGUCAUCACAGCAAUUGAGCUGCUUGGGCGUGCGGUCAUUAAUGCUUCUGAGAUGGGCAUUUGCUUCCCACUAAAGCGAAGAGACCAGCUACUUGAUUAUGUGCUGACCUUGAUGGGUACUGAAGAAACUAAUAGUUUUACUGAGUCAAGUAAUGAACUUCUCCAUACUCAGAGCCUUGCUUUAAGUGCUUGUACAACUUUGGUUUCUAUUGAACCGAGGCUACCACUGGAAACAAGAAAUCUUGUUUUGAAGGCGACAUUAGGAUUUUUUACUCUGCCUAAUGAACCCUCCGACAUAAUUGAUGUACUAAUAAAAAACCUCAUUACUCUGUUAUGUGCCAUUCUGCAAACCAGUGGUGAAGAUGGUAGAAGUCGAGCAGAACAGCUUCUGCAUAUUCUAAGACAGAUAGAUAUAUAUGUUUUAUCUUCUGUGGUGUAUCAGAGAAGAAGAGGCUGUCUUGCUGUGUAUGAAAUGCUUCUCAAGUUCCGAGCUCUUUUUUCUGGUGGAAUAUGUGGACUUGGGUGUCAUUCCAGCUGCACACACAAUGUGCAAAUUGAAAGGCCAAUGCAAAGAAAUUUGUCAACUUUGCCAUCUGCAUAUCUAUUGCCCAGCCGGGACUCCUUAAGUCUCGGGGAAAGGGUUAUAACCUAUCUUCCAAGGUGUGCAGAUGUGAGUUCAGAGGUCAGAAAAGUUGCAGUUCAGAUCAUAGGUCUUUUCUUCAGCAUAUCUUUAUCGCUUCCUUUAUUAGCUGGGAGUGAUGUUGAUCUAGAAUCGUCAUACAGUGCCUUAUCUUCUCUUGAAGAUGUAAUUUCCAUCCUUCGAAGGGAUGAAUCCAUUGAUCAAUCAGAAGUCUUCAAUAGGAUUUUGUCAUCUGUUUGUGUGUUGCUAACAAAAAAUGAGCUUGUUAUCUCAUUGCAUAUGUGUACCUCUGCAAUAUGUGACAAGAUCAAACAGUCAGCUGAAGGUGCUAUUCAAGCUGUGAUUGAGUUCAUUUCUACGAGAGGCAAUGAGUUGAAUGAAGCUGAUAUUUCAAGGACAACUCAGUCGUUACUUUUGGCUGCUUCAUUUGUUACUGAUAAGAAUUCACGUCAAGAAAUUCUUCAAGCGACAUCAUGUUUGGCGGAGUGCACUGCUUCACAUGUUGUCUUCAAUGAGGUGUUGGCUACUUCUGCUCGGGACGUCACAACAAAAGAUGUAUCAAGGCUCAGGGGCGGUUGGCCAAUGCAAGAUGCAUUCUAU